UGUGUCAGCUUUCCAACAAAAUCAUUCCUAAUUUUGAUGAUUUUACUUUCGGUGACACCUCAUCAAAAGGUGUAAGCUUUUCAUGUGAAAGAGAAUUUAAACAAAUAAUGUAAAGUGAUAAAAGCUGAUAUUGGGAUCUAUUUUUUUACACUUUCCAUCCUUUUACAUGGUAAAAACAUACAACCAAACAGCCCCUUAAUGAAAUUCCAUGAUAGUUUUUCUUGAAUAAGCUGCAUAUCUUUCUCGUAAAAUGAUAAAAGGUCAUGAGCGGAUUUAAAUGCUCAUUUCGACCAGCCACUCUAUAGCAGUGGGCUUUUAGGGCCAAAUUUAACCCCAUGGGCCGAAAAUAGAAACCCAACCAUUUCUUGGAUUUGGCCCACCUAAGAAUACAACAUCACUAUACUUGUUUCCCACGUGGUUGCCUCGCGUCCCGUGAACACGUCCAUUUAUCCUCCAUCCAAAAUAUCCUUUACAAUACCCCCAACGUUCUCCACUUCUUCAUCCUCCUCCUCUUGGAAACCAUUUUCAUAUUUUUUUUUCCUCCCCAAAGAAAAAGAAACAAUUAAACAAUUACUAACCAUGCUCUCUCUCAAACCUAACCAAUUUCACCCGCUCCCUCUUCUCAAUUCUCCUGCUGCUACAAGGCCAUCAUCAUUUCUCCAUCAAGGGGGUCUCAGUGUCGGCGGUAGGAGGGGGCUCGUGUUAACGGUGAAGUGUGCAGGCGAGGAGGAGAAGAAAGGGCAGAGGAGCUUUCUUAGCCCGGAGGAAGCUGGCCUCGUUGAGGUCUCUGGCCUCAGCACUCAUGAGCGCUUUCUCUGUAGACUAACCGUGGAUAUCAUCACUGAAUCUGUUGAGGGUGAUAUCAGAGCAAGAAGGGAUUCCAAUAGAGGAGCUCAAUGCUGGUAGAAUUUGCGACUGGUUCUUGAAAGACAAGCUCAAGAGGGAGCAGGACUUUGAGUCUGCAGUCCUUCAAUGGGAUGAUUCUAACUUCCAGAUCUAAGUAUUGCAAAAAAGAAAGAAAAAAGUCAACUUUUGUUUGAGGUUUUUUUUGGACUUCUAGGCAUCUGUCAAAUUUUGUUUUGGCAAACCUUGUAACUUAAUUUUGAUGCUGCAUGGAUUUACCUCUAUUAUAUCACGUAAUAAAGACAGGAGGUUCACAUUGAUAUAUA